AUGAAUAGCCAAGACGGCAUCAAGCUGGAGGCUCGAAGGAGCGAGGAAGGCCAUGGCCUUCUGCACGGCGAUGAGAAGCUUGACGGCCGCGACAACUUCGACCUCGAGGCUCGCGCUGGCGCUGUCGACAGCCAGACCGAGAAGCUCAAGGAGAAGCCUGUCGAAUACUCCACGUUGCCCCAAGUCAAGUUUGCCUGGCUCAGCGCAUACUUCUGCUUCAGCUUGGUCCUCACCUUGUACAACAAGCUGGUCCUCGGCGUGUUUCCCUUCCCAUGGCUCCUGACAGCCCUGCACGCCACCUGCGCCAGUCUUGGCUGCUACGGCUUGCUGCAGAUGGGCUACUUCUCCAUGUCCCGCCUCGGCAGACGGGAAAACCUCAUCCUGCUGGCCUUCAGCUUGCUUUUCACCAUCAACAUUGCCGUGUCCAACCUCUCGCUGGCCAUGGUCUCUGUGCCCUUCUACCAGGUCCUGCGCACCUCGGUGCCUGUCUUCACCGUUCUCAUCUACCGCGUCAUCUUCUCCCGAACCUACGAGACCAUGACGUACAUGACACUUGUGCCUAUCAUGCUCGGCGCUGCUCUGACCACCAUCGGAGAGUACACCUUUACUGAUCUCGGCUUCCUCCUCACCUUUGCAGGCGUGAUUCUUGCUGCGGUCAAGACUGUUGCGACGAACCGCAUCAUGACUGGCCCUCUUGCCCUUCCCGCCAUGGAGGUUCUCCUCCGCAUGUCCCCAUAUGCUGCCAUGCAGUCUCUGACCUGCGCGUUUGCCGCCGGCGAGUUCGGUGGCCUUGCUGAGAUGCGCGCCCAGGGCAACAUCGCCACCUGGACCGUCAUCGCUCUCCUCGGAAACGGCAUGCUUGCCUUCGGCCUCAACGUUGCCUCGUUCCAGACCAACAAGGUUGCGGGUGCUCUCACCAUUAGCGUCUGCGGUAACCUCAAGCAGUGCCUGACAGUUCUCCUCGGCAUCAUCGCUUUUGGCGUCGAGGUCCACCUCUUCAACGGUGCCGGUAUGGUCCUUACCAUGUUUGGCGCUGCUUGGUACAGCAAGGUCGAACUCGACCGCAAGAAUAGGCAAUAGAUUUUGCGGCGAUAUGUUUUGGUGGAUGGGAUGUAGGCGAACGAGUCACGAUUACUCGACCCCGGGCACAUAGCCAAGAGGUCAAAAAUACACACAGGAUGCCCAACAGCGGCAUCCGAAUCACGCGCCUUUCUUCGAAGCACCACGGCCGACGGCAUGGCGCCAUAUAUCAACCGGGACAUGAAACGCCAAUCGCCGCUACACCAGCAGGCUUAACCCCGGCUUUCUUUCUUCCCAAGUCGUCUUUUCUCUGUAAGACUACAACAGCGGCGGUGCAUUUUUUCCUUCUAGAAAGAGAAAACGCAAAUACCCUCAGCAAUGCAGCGAAACGCAAACGGACUGCUUUUUCUUUUUCCAAAGACGGUGCAAGCAGCAUAGGGUAGGUGGUGGAUCAGGCAGGGCGACGGGCAUCAAGGGGAACUGACAGAGUAUCCCUUUCUGGCGUCUUUGGAUGAUUCGGUUUCUAAAUCUUAUCAGAGUAGCUCCGAUACAUAAUUGGCCUGACUUUUUCUUUCUCUGUU